AUGAAUUACACCGGCCCGCUUUACAUGAAUUACACCGGCCCGCGUUACAUGAAUUACACCGGCCCGCUUUACAUGAAGGAGACCGGCCCGCUUUACAUGAAGGAGACCGGCCCUCUUUACAUGAAUUACACCGGCCCGCUUUACAGGAAGGACAACGGCCCGCGUUACAUGAAGGACACCGGCCCGCUUAACAUGAAGGACACCGGCCCGCUUUACAUGAAUUACACCGGCCCGCGUUACAUGAAGGACAACGGCCCGUGUUACGUGAAGGACACCGGCCCGCUUAACAUGAAGGACACCGGCCCGCUUUACAUGAAAGACACCGGCUCGCUUUACAUGAAUUUCACCGGCCCGCUUUACAUGAAGGACACCGGCCCGCUUUACAUGAAGGACACCGGCCCGCUUUACAUGCUCAAUCUUUCCGUUGCC